AUGGCUUCUCUCUUUACGAAUAGCUUGGUGCGCCUUAACGCAGCUGGCAAGCUGUGUACAGCUAUGGGCAUCAGACUCGUAACCGACACCCAGGUUGUUCAUCUUGCAGCCAAUGGAGGCUUUAAUGCUCUUUUCAUCGAUCUAGAACAUUCAACAUUGUCUAUUAAAGAUGCAAGCCAACAUUGCAUUGUGGGCCUGCAACUAGGAGUCACUCCUUUCGUCAGAGUACCUCAUCAGUGUGGUAACGGCUUCGUCCAGAAGGUAUUAGAUGGUGGAGCGAUGGGGAUAGUGUUUCCUCACAUCCACGGUCGAGGUAAACCUCAUAACGUCGACACUAGAGACGCCGAGGCGGCUGUUUCGAUAUGCAAGUACCCACCCCAGGGGAAGAGAUCUAUGACUGGACAGUUACCGUUGUUCUCUCUUAAGGGAACACCGCAAGAGACAAUCAUCUUGGAGACCAAUUCACAUGGUUCAAGUGUCUUUCUGAUGAUUGAGACAAAAGAAAGCAUAGAGAAUAUUGAUGAGAUUGCUUCCAUCGAAGGUGCGGAUGUGCUGCUGGUCGGCUCGAACGAUCUUGCUAUCGAGCUUGGGGUGCCUGGUCAAUUCAAGAGCGAGGCAUUCCGAGCGGCCAUGGAAAAGAUUAGCGAAGCCUGUAAGAAGCAUGGAAAGAUUAUGGGGCUGGCUGGUAUUUAUGACAAUCAUGAAUUACAUGAUUGGGCAAUCAACCACCUGGGUGUACGGUUUCUUCUUGGCGGGCAGGACUCGGCAAUUCUAGCCAAAGGCGUAAAAGCGGUUAUGUCGGCCAUUUCCAAAGUCCCUAAAUAA